AUGGGCCAAAAGUCGAAACGAGCAGACGAUGAUUUCGUGCUUACAUUGUCUGAUGCCGAGGACGAUGUCGUUAUUGAUGACAAUGACGAUAUAACACCAGAAGAUACCGCUGUCAGCAAUAAUACUUCCAAAAAGCGAAAGCGCGAACAACAGCAACAACAAAACGGAGGAUUGCACAAAAAGAAGCAAAAGAAGCAGCAAAAGUCACAAAACAAUGAAUCGGAGCUGGGAGAAGAAAUUGCGGAUCAAGAAGAUGAAGUAGUUGGUGAGGAUGAUGGCGCUCUCAAUCCGGACUUUGAGUUUGAUAUUGGCGGUAAUGCGGCGCGAGACGUUCUUGAAGACUUUGAUGGUUGGGGGUUGGAUGAUAGCAAGCGCAAUUCCGAUGACGGAGGGAGCAGCAAUAAAAAGAAAGCUGUCGAUAUUGACGAUAUAAUUGCUCGACGAAAGUUGAAACAGGCGGAAGAGAAUGAGAAGAAGAAGAAGGCCGAAAAGAAGAAAUCUGAGCAAGAGUUUGAAGGCUUCGACAGCGAGGGAGAGGAGAAAGAAGAUGGUGAUAGUGAUGAUAACACCGAAGAAAGUGGUGAUGAGGAAGAAAUUCCCAAUUUUGACGACGACGAGUUGCUGGCAGCUGAUGGGUUCGGGAUGGGUGUUGACGGUGCAGAGGCAGGAGAUGAUGAAGCUGCAGAGAACAGUGAUGGUGACGAAAAAGAGAAUUCCCAGUCCGACGAUGAGGAUGAGGAUGAGGAUGACAACGACUCAGUAGCAUCCCCUGUUGCGCACCCGGACGACCUUGCAUCUGACCAGGAAUCUGAGUCAGAGAGUGAGAAUGCAGAGGAAAUAGAGAAAAGGAAAGCUUUCUUUGCACCCGAAGAACCUGCCACAAAAGGCAAAGACUUUGACGACAAUACUGCCAAUGGCUCUUUUCAGAACUAUAAUCUUUCGCGGCCAAUUCUUCGCGGCUUGGCGGCUGUUGGGUUUACGAAUCCGACUCCUAUCCAGCGCAAGACUAUCCCCGUCGCCCUGUUGGGCAAAGAUGUCGUUGGUGGCGCUGUUACGGGCUCCGGUAAAACAGGUGCUUUCAUCAUCCCCGUCUUGGAGCGUCUUCUAUACCGGCCACGCAAAGUGCCUACCAGUCGCGUGGCUAUUCUAAUGCCAACUCGUGAACUUGCCGUGCAGUGCUACAAUGUGGCUACGAAACUUGCUACAUACACUGACAUAACCUUCUGUCAACUCAUUGGUGGAUUCAGCCUGCGCGAGCAGGAGAAUAUAUUGAAGAAACGGCCUGAUAUCAUCAUCGCAACUCCUGGUCGUUUCAUUGACCACAUGAGAAAUUCAGCGAGUUUCACGGUUGAUACACUGGAGAUUCUCGUUCUUGAUGAAGCAGAUCGGAUGCUCGAGGACGGAUUUGCGGAUGAAUUGAACGAGAUCUUGACGACCAUUCCCAAGUCGCGUCAAACUAUGCUCUUCUCUGCUACGAUGACGGAUUCUGUGGACAAGCUCAUUCGUGUAGGUUUGAACCGACCAGUACGCCUAAUGGUUGAUGCGAAGAAACAGACCGCGGGGACGCUGGUUCAGGAGUUCGUCAGACUGCGACAGGGCCGUGAGGACAAGAGACUUGCUUCGCUCAUACAUCUGUGUCAAAAAGUCUACACAGCUCGCGUGAUUAUUUUCUUCCGUCAGAAGAAAGAAGCACACCGCGUUAGGGUUAUUUUUGGUUUGUUUGGGCUGAAAGCCGCAGAGCUCCAUGGUAGCAUGAGUCAAGAACAGCGUAUUAAAAGUGUGGAAGACUUCCGCGACGGAAAAGUUGCGUUUCUCCUCGCAACAGAUGUCGCUUCUCGAGGUCUUGAUAUCAAAGGCGUCGAGACGGUAAUCAACUACGAAGCUCCGCAGACACACGAGAUUUACCUGCAUCGUGUUGGUCGUACGGCGCGUGCAGGAAGAUCUGGUCGAGCAUGCACACUGGCAGCCGAACCGGACAGAAAAGUCGUGCGAGCAGCGGUCAAAGCAGGGAAGACGCAAGGAGCCAAAAUCGUCAGUCGGGUCAUUGAAGCCGAAAUCACCGACAAACUUGCCGCGGAAAUUGAAGAUAUGAACGACGAACUCGACGCAAUUCUGCGCGAAGAAAAGGAAGAGAAGGAGCUGGCACAGGUUGAAAUGCAGACUUCCAAGGGUGAGAAUCUCCUCAAACACCAGGGCGAGAUCAUGUCGCGGCCCAAACGCACUUGGUUCGAGAGCGAAAAGGACAAGCAGGAUGCGCAGAAGCGCGGCUUGUUGGAACUUAAUGGGCCGAGUGCGUCUGAGAGCAAGAAGGAGAAGCGGAAGUUGAGUGGCAAAGAAAAGAAGCGGUUGGAUGAUACUCGGGAUCGCAAGGAAGGGCGCAUGUGGAAGAAAGGAAAGCAGGAUCGUGAAAGUAAUCGUGGCAGUCAGCAGAAGACGGGGCCAAAGAAAGCUGGUGGGAACAAAGCGAAGGCGAAGAAAAGUAGGAAGUGA